UAUUCAGAUGUCACUCUAAGCAGUCGUAAAGGAAAAGAAAGUUUUGAGUAGAUAAAGCAGAUUGAGUAAAGAAUAAACCAUAGAACAAAGUAGAUCUCAUAGUCUCAUACCGGCCUUCAAUUUCCUCUUCCUGUAAACUGCUGUGUAAACGUUGCAAUGGCGUCUGGUACUCUAUACACAUACCCGGAUAAUUUCCGUGCCUACAAGGCCCUGAUUGCUGCCCAAUACUCUGGGGCCCAGGUCAAGAUCGCUGAUAAUUUUGAAUUUGGUGUGACUAACAAAUCCAAGGAUUUUUUGAAAAAAUUCCCCCUUGGCAAGGUGCCAGCUUUCGAGACCAAUGAUGGAAAGUGUCUUACUGAAAGUAAUGCUAUUGCAUUCUACGUUGCAAACGAGCAACUUAGAGGUAAGACGGAUCUUGAACGAGCCGAGGUUAUACAAUGGUUUGGAUUCGCUGAUUCUGAAAUUUUGCCAGCCAGUUGCGCGUGGGUAUUUCCUUUGUUAGGAAUUAUGCAGUACAACAAGCAGGCAGUGGAUAAUGCAAAAGAAGAUGUGAAAAAAGCAUUGACGGCUUUGAAUACACAUUUGCUUACGCGCACAUAUUUGGUUGGAGAACGUUUGACAUUGGCUGACAUUAGUGUAGCAAUGACUCUCUUGAAUCUUUAUCAAUACGUUUUAGAGCCAAGUCAACGCAAGCCUUAUCAGAAUGUUAAUCGUUGGUUCCAAACUGUUAUUUAUCAACCAGAAUCCAUUGCCGUAAUUGGUGCCUUUAAAUUGGCUGAUAAAGCUUUGGAAUAUGACCCCAAGAAAUUCGCCGAAAGUCAAGGAAAGACUGGCAAAAAAGAAAAGAAAGAGAAGGAGCCCAAGGAACCAAAACCCAAGAAGGAGAGUGAACCAGCUGAAGAACUUGACGCUGCUGAUGCUGUAUUGGCAGCUGAACCCAAGAGUUCUAAUCCAUUUGACGCCAUGCCGAAAGGUACUUUUGACAUGGAAGAUUUUAAACGUUUCUAUUCCAAUGAGGAUGAAGCAAAAUCUAUUCCUUAUUUCUGGGAGAAAUUCGAUCCCGCAAAUUAUAGUAUCUGGUUCGGUGAAUACAAAUACAACGAUGAAUUGACGAAGGUGUUUAUGUCCUGUAACCUUAUUAGUGGAAUGUAUCAACGUUUGGAUAAAAUGAGAAAGGCUGCUUUUGCUAGCGCAUGCCUGUUUGGUACUGACAAUGACAGUACUAUCAGUGGAAUUUGGGUUUGGCGUGGUCAGGAUCUUGCUUUUUCGCUGUGUCCAGACUGGCAAAUUGAUUAUGAAUCAUACAGCUGGAGAAAAUUGGAUCCUUCCGCGAAAGAAACGAAGGAUUUGGUAAAACAAUAUUUGAGCUGGUCAGGCACUGACAAACAAGGACGUAAAUUUAAUCAAGGAAAGGUUUUCAAAUAAAAAAACAAAAAAAAGAAAAAAAAAACAGCUGUCUAAUUUUAGACUUUUCAUAAAAAUAAGAUCCGUAUUUUGUUGAAAAAGAAUAUAGAAAGAAAAAUUCAACUCUUAAUACUGUAAAAACACAAAUUUCGAAAACAUAAUGUCCAUCUUACGGAUCUUCCAACAUACAGACAGACAGACACACACACACAAACAUUUUAUUCCUCAUUAAAUGUCCAACUCUAUACAUGUUGAAUUCUCUAUUUUGCUACGAGUUUGUCGAAGUCAUGCGUAAAACUUAAGCUCGAAGUACUAAUGUCCUCGUAUCAUUUAUAACUAUAAUAUAGAACGUCUUCUUUAAUUAUGAUUAUCUUUUUUUUCUCUUUUUUUUUUUUUUGUUCCUUUUCAUAUAUCACAGUUCGUUCAUUUUGUUAGACUGAUCAAGUCAAAAAAACAGAUCAUUUCUUAGAAACAGACAAUUAUUACUGUGCAAUGUGUUAUUUAUUGUUGAAAACUACAAUUUUUGUUCUAUUGAGAUUUGGACGUUUUGUCGAGUGAGACACAAUAUUACGUUGAUUUUAUCGAUCUGCGAUUUUUGUAUGUCAGUAGUGAGAAAAAAAAAAAAAUUAAAUAUCGAAAAGUCUGAAUGGCAUUUACUCUA